AGUGAGGUACUGAAGGAGAACAAGCCAGAGAAUAUUUCCCGCCACCACAGCACCUGCCAAUCUUGGGUUUUUACAUUUAUAUGAGAGGGAUUUUGUACAUCAUCCACAGAUUUCUUCAUGAUGAUGAUACCCGGCACCCACUUGUUGUGCCUCUUCCUGCUCGCCUUCCCUCUUUCCUGGGCAGAGGACACGAAGAAAGAUGUGAGAAAGAAGGAUAAUGACACAGUUUUGGGCCAAGCUAGGACCAAACGACUGUUCGCGAGGCGAAAGCUUUCUCCGCCGCCAGAAAGUCGAACUCCUAAGCACAAGUCAAAUGCCAUGAGGCCUGCACGUCGAUGCGGCCGGCUGAUGGAGCACUGCUCGGCCUACGUCCCGUGCUGCGACCCCUGCGCCUCCUGCCGCUGCCGACUCUUCAACACCAUCUGUCACUGCUGGAGGACCAACCCGCUGUGCUUAAUGAAGACGUAGAUAAAAACAAGUACAGGACCAGCACCUGGACAUAGACAGGGAUAUACAUACAUUUUGUUUCCAUUGUACAGAGCACCAGAGUGAUGGAAGUUGAUAUGGGAAUGAAGCCUGUGUGUUUCUGUCUUCAGUCUUCUGAGAUAUUGAUACAAAAUUACUCACAUAAAUGUUUACAGCAUAUCCAAAUACCUAAUGUGUGUGUAACAACCGAUGACCGACAUAUGCUAUUUUAUGUAUGUAGACAAACACUAUGUAUGUAUUGUGCCUUGGGUAUUACCCACAUUAUUGCUGCUUUACCACUUCUGCUCCCCUGACGUUUCUAACAUGUGGGAACCAAUAAGAACAGGCUCACAUUAGAACAUACAUUACUCAAUGCCCUAAAGAUAAGACAUGGGAAAAAAAGCAAAAUCAGUCAUAAAAAAAGUAGAUGUUUCUGUUCCUAUGUAAAUAAGCCUUGGAGAUCAGAUACACUGUAUUAGGGGAGUUAUUCAUUAUUCACAUGUGGAUUUAUGAGUUUUAACUAUGUUUUGCUAUUGAAUAAAUAUAUCACAAG